AAAAGCUUUCAUAGAAUUUAUUAAACCAGCUUUGUUGGUUAGUUACUUGAAGACCGGCUGAUCGGAUUAGUUGAAUUGAAAAUUGAUUAAAAUAUUGAUCAAUUCAGAGAUAUUAAACAGAAAAGCAAAUUAGGAGAUGCCAGGACUGGAUAGACAAAACGAUGGGGAGCACGGACAUGACCUUAAGCUAGAAAAUAGGGAAGGUCUUUUCAUUUGCAACGGUUGCAAAGAGCUAGGGUUUGGGAAUUGCUACAAAUGUCCCCGGGUGCGGUUUUGCAAUUACGUCCUUCAUGUGGGUUGUAUAAGUGAAGGUCGCACACCCUUAUCAAAUCCAUUAUUCAAAAACUGCAAGUUUCAAUUUUACCAGAAAAAUCCUUUAACUGUAGCCCCAGCCUGCCGCAUUUGUGCCUUAGACAUACAAGGACGCAUGUACCAUUGCUCUAAAAGGAAAUACAGUUUACAUCCCUACUGUGCGACACUUCAUACGACCAUCACCCUUCCAGGUUCCGACAUGAAAAUCAAACUUCGCAGAGGGACCAAAUUCAAUUUCUUUGAAUCGAAAUGCUUGAAAUGCGAUAGGAAGAACAGAUCAUCAAACGAUGUCCAAUGUUUGUCCUAUGUUUCCUCGGAUGGUAACCUAUGUUACCAUGUGGCAUGUAUGAAAGAAGCAUGUCGCGAUAACUGGAUUAAGGGUUAUUUUCGACCUGGUUCUGAAACUAAUGAGCAGAGUAAAUUCCUUUUACUGAAAAAUCUAGCUCCAAAAGUGGAACUAUCAAGAGUUGGGCGAACCUCGGAAGUUUUGUUGAUCAGAUUUCUCAAGCUGGUCGUUUUUGCUAUACUUGGAGAGCCAUUUGAUUUAAUUGCCCCUUUAUUUCAACCUUCUCGGAGCUAGUUAGAACAGAGCUUGUUGUGGUUUAUGUUUAUGUUUGGUUUGUUAAAUAAGGCUUGAACUUGUUCAAGCAACAAGUUGAGCCUAAUUUCAAGUGUGAUUUGUUUUCGAAACAACUUGGUUUAUUGUCGUUCCAACUUCAAUUGGAUUAGAGUGGAACGGUGAGUUGGAACAGAGUGCUUAUCAACAAAGUCAAGUGCAAAGUAAGGUGACAAAUAACAAGUAACAUGUUAAUGUAAUUCAGAUCAACAAUCUUACUCUG